CGCCCGCCCCGAAGUUUCUCCUACAUCUUUGCUAGCUCCUUUUUCAACCGGGCACACCAGGAGCUGCUUAUCCCAAAGUGCGGUGCAGCGCAGCAGCGACAGGGGCCCAGCAUUACCGCCGCGCAGCCCCUCUGUCGCGGGUCCCCUCCCUCGGGGCUGAUCAUUAACUCAAAGGCAUUAUAAGGAGUGAGUGGCCCCAGGGAGCCAGGGAGCCAGAGGGACUCGUCGCCACCGCCAUGGACGUUAGCACCUGGAGCCCGGCGGUCACCGCCACGGAUGCACCCAUCCAGUCCCAUGAGCGCAUUCGCAAUGCGGCUGACAUCUCAGUCAUUGUCAUCUACUUCUUGGUGGUGAUGGCUGUCGGGCUGUGGGCCAUGUUUUCCACUAACCGUGGGACCGUUGGAGGCUUCUUCCUGGCAGGCCGAAGUAUGGUGUGGUGGCCGGUUGGAGCCUCCCUCUUUGCCAGUAACAUUGGAAGCGGGCACUUUGUGGGGCUGGCGGGGACAGGAGCAGCCUCGGGCAUUGCCAUGGGUGGCUCUGAAUGGAACGCCUUGGUUUUGGUGGUCGUGCUGGGCUGGGUGUUCGUCCCCAUCUACAUCAAGGCUGGGGUGGUGACGAUGCCAGAGUACCUGCGGAAGCGGUUUGGAGGCAAGCGGAUCCAGAUCUACCUCUCCCUUCUGUCCUUACUGCUUUACAUCUUUACCAAGAUCUCAGCAGACAUCUUCUCUGGAGCCAUAUUCAUCAAUCUAGCCUUGGGCCUGGAUAUAUACUUGGCCAUCUUCAUCCUACUAGCAAUCACCGCCCUUUAUACAAUCACAGGGGGCCUGGCGGCGGUGAUUUACACGGACACCUUGCAGACAGCAAUUAUGCUGGUGGGAUCUCUUAUCCUGACUGUGUUUGCUUUCAAUGAAGUAGGAGGGUAUGAGGCAUUCAUGGAGAAGUACAUGAAAGCCAUUCCAAGCAUGGUUUCUGAUGGAAACAUCACCAUCAAGGAAGAAUGCUACACUCCCAGGGCUGACUCGUUCCAUAUAUUCCGAGAUCCUAUUAAGGGAGACAUUCCAUGGCCUGGACUCAUCUUUGGCUUGGGCAUCCUCUCCCUGUGGUACUGGUGCACAGACCAGGUCAUCGUGCAGCGCUGCCUCUCAGCUAAGAACAUGUCUCAUGUGAAGGCCGGCUGUAUCCUGUGUGGCUAUAUGAAGCUGUUGCCCAUGUUCCUCAUGGUGAUGACGGGGAUGGUCAGCCGGGUUUUAUACACAGACAAAAUCGCCUGUGUCAUCCCCUCAGAAUGUAAGAGGUACUGCGGCACUGCUGUUGGCUGCACCAACAUCGCCUAUCCAACCUUGGUAGUGGAGCUCAUGCCUAAUGGACUGCGAGGCCUGAUGUUGUCAGUGAUGAUGGCUUCACUCAUGAGCUCCUUGACCUCCAUCUUCAAUAGUGCCAGCACCCUCUUCACCAUGGACAUCUACACCAAGAUCCGGAAGGGAGCAUCCGAGAAGGAGCUCAUGAUCGCAGGAAGGUUGUUCAUCCUCGUUCUGAUUGGCAUCAGCAUCGCCUGGGUUCCUAUUGUGCAGUCUGCUCAAAGUGGACAGCUCUUUGAUUAUAUCCAGUCUAUCACCAGUUACUUGGGGCCACCCAUUGCAGCUGUCUUCCUGCUCGCGGUUUUCUGCAAGAGAGUCAAUGAACCAGGAGCCUUCUGGGGACUGAUUCUAGGCUUUUUGGUUGGAAUUUCCCGUAUGAUUACCGAGUUUGCCUAUGGAACUGGGAGCUGCAUGGAGCCCAGCAACUGCCCCACGAUCAUCUGUGGGGUCCACUAUUUGUACUUCGCCAUCAUCCUCUUCACUGUCUCUAUUAUCACCAUCCUGAUCGUCUCCUUCCUCACCAAGCCCAUUCCCGACGUGCACUUGUACCGUCUGUGUUGGAGCCUACGCAACAGCAAAGAAGAACGUAUUGACCUGGAUGCAGAAGAUGAUGAGCACAUUCAAGAGGAACCUAAGGAUACAAUUGAAAUAGACACAGAAGCUCCCCAAAAGAAGAAAGGAUGCUUUAGGAGGGCAUAUGACCUGUUCUGUGGGCUGGACCAGGAUAAAGGACCAAAGAUGACUAAGGAAGAGGAGGCAGCCAUGAAGCUGAAGAUGACCGACACUUCUGAGAAGCCCUUGUGGAGGACCGUGGUGAACAUCAACGGCAUCAUCCUGCUGGCCGUGGCUGUCUUUUGCUACGCCUACUUUGCUUGAAUCCCACCCUCCUGUUGUAGACUUGGCAAGUCUGGAUUUGUUAUUUCCUUUUAGACCGUUCUGUGGUGCUAAGGGGAAAUCGGCCAGUUGUACAUUUUACCCAUUGGGAUAAAAUAUGUAUAUAUUUGAUUUUAGGCUUGCUGGAGGAAAGUAAUUAUGUCGCUGUGAAUUUUUGCAUUUGAAGCUAGUGGGGCACACUUCCCUGUUUCUGCUAGAGCUUUAGAGGAAGGAGAAAUUGACUCAGAUCUAGGAAAAGUCCGACUUGGACACAGAAACCUGUGUGCCCUCAUGCUACCCUGCUUCAGUACAUCCAGCUUGUAAUUAUUGUUUAUAAUCCUUCAAUACUAUUUUUUAAAAUUGCAGUCUGGUUCCUAUCACUUUCCUACCUGACCCUCCUCCUCCUCCUCCUCCUCUUCCUCCUCCUCUUCCUCUUCUUCCUCCUCCAGCUUCUUUUUUUUUUUUAAAUCUUUUCCCCUGUCAUCACAUACCUCUAGAUUUUUUUUCUAGUAAAAAGAAAAUCAAUUUGACAAAUGAAUGAAUGCCCAGAAGCUGAGGAUAAGGACCUGGUCCUAGGAAUUUGUUCUUUAAAGUGGUGGUCUCAAGGGGACAGUAUUUAUUUGAAGUGCAGGGACUCACACCAGUUGGGGGUGCAGACAGUCUUAGGUACUGGGAAUUUUCUGGUCUUUAAAGAAAUGCUCAGUGUGUGUCUCCUAUGUUUGUUACUCACCUUGGUGUUUACUGAGCCUAAAAUGUCUUAGCCACUCAGGGAUGCUCAUUGACUCCAUGAUUUUUAUGGCAUUUAUUGACAGGUGCUCCCUGGUCCUUGCUUAGUUUAUAUUUUAUUAUUUUUAUGGCCACACAAAGUAUACCUAUGGUGUCUAUUAUGGAGAAGAAUGCCUCAUGGUGCUGAUAUUGACAUGAAGUAUGGACUGAGAAGUUGACACUUCAUGAUAGGACAGAGUAAAUGCACCUGCAGGGCACACGCUACCCUAGUACAGCAUACCUUCCCAGGAAUCACUGACAUAAUUAGCCCAAGCUCCUCUUUCCCAUGUCUUCCCAUGGCCACCAUGCUGCCUUCUAAGGCGUCCUGAUUGGUGACCAUCCCCUGACUAGGCUAGGGCAGAUGGCCCGAGUUCUGGAUGGCAGUGCUUGGUGGCUUUAGCUGGAAGAAAAUUUUUAUGUUGAGCUAGUUUUCCAUGGGAAAAAAUAAUUUUCAUUUAACUUAUAAUUAAUGAAUUUAUUAAAAUUAUACUUGCAAAAUCUCAAUUAUAUUGUAAUAUCCCUUUGAAGCUAGGAAAUCAGCAUGUGAUUGUAGAAGAGUUUCAUUUAGCUAGCUUAGGGAAGAGCUGAGUGAAGACUGGGUGUGGAAGUGCCUCCAAGAGAAGUGGACGGCUUCUUGUUAGAGAAGAAAGGAAAGCUGGAGAGGUGAUGGAGAUCCUCUUGUUCCCGUGCAGCCAGGCUGAGAAGAUGGGGAGCGGGGAAUUCCUCAUGGCCGGCACUGCGCAGAGUGCUGUCUUGGGUGGGCUUCGUGGCAGGUUGUGAGCGGAGAGAGGGGAGGAACCGUAAACUACCUAGAUUGCUUGGGUUUUAGUUCUUGGCAUUGGCCAAUGAUUUACUGUAUAUAUUGUAAUAAAUUAUUUUGUCUGAA